AAAAAAAAUUCAAAUACCCAAAGUUUAUUAAAAGGAAAAUAAAUUAAAAAAUUAUUUUUUAUUCGUUUUGCAAAACUAUAUACAAGUAAUACAAGGUUUUUGUUGGAUGAGUGAAAGCAAAUCGAGGGAAAGAGAGGAAAGAUGUACAAGUCGAAACUGCAAGAGCUUUGCCAGAAGAAAGCAUGGACCUUACCAGAGUACAACAUCACAAAGGAAGGCCAAGAUCAUAAUCCUCGCUUCGAAGCUACCGUGAUCGUAAACGGCAAGUCGUUUCAGCCUCGGAAUCCGGCCAGGUCUUCCAAAGAAGCCCAAAACGACGCCGCUCAGCUCGCUUUCCUUCAUUUCACAGCUCCUCCUCUUCCUGAUCCUGGUUCUUCAAAUGAAAUUGCAAAUUUUGAUAGUAAUAUUGCUACCUUAAGGAUAUUGCAACUGGAAAGACAGGAAGCAAAUCAAGAUUGUGAGAUCUUGAUUAGCAAAGACAAUGAAAAAUUUAAAGAUAUGCGACAUUUGUACAAGAAUCUAUUGCAAAAUUUUGCUCAAAAGAGAAACCUCAGCCGACCUGUGUAUUCUUGUGAGUUUGAGGGUCCUCCUCAUGCAAGUCGCUUCAGGUGCAAGGUCACUAUCAAUGAAAAUACCUAUGAGAGUUUGGAGUUCUUUCCAACAAUAAAGGAAGCUGAACAUGCAGCUGCAAAAAUAGCAUUAUCGUGUUUGUCACCAGAUGCUAUUGAAGAGGAAGACUCAACCUUAUACAAGAACCUUUUGCAAGAAUUAGCUCAGAAGGAAGGUUGUCCUCUACCAGUUUACAAUACAACUAGAUCUGGUGAAGCCCAUGCAUCAACGUUUGUUUCCAUUGUGGAGGUAAAAGGAGAGGUUUUCACAGGACAGGCAGCAAAAACCAAGAAGCAAGCAGAGUUUUUGGCAGCGAAAGUUGCGUACAUGAAGUUAAAGGGGUGCAAGUCAAAUAGGGGCUCUAUGAUUAUUACUCCUGCCUACCAAGAACGAGAAGUGCCUGUGGUCUCAUCUUCUCACUUGACAUCAAAUGUCAAUGCUGAUACCCAACAGAAUCUUGGAUCCAAAGCCAAUACAUUGCUUAAUCCUAGCUCAACUUUAGGGGUGGACCGGCAGGAGGUCAUAGUUAAUAGAACAGUUAUUAGUCAUCAUAUCUCUGUUUCAUUCCCACAACCAGAGGUGACUACAGAUUGGCAAAGUCGUUCAUCUUCAUCGAAUCUGUAUGAUCAUCCUCUGCCGGAAGAUGAUCUCUCUUCACCUACGUCGCCGUCAACCCACUCAACUACUACCGAUUCGGUUGAGGACUCAAUCAAGCAGCCUGUUGAAACAAGUGACAUAUCCUGCAACAGGGUCGUAGUUCGUCCACGCGUGCCAGACAUGAAGUUUCCUUCUGGUAGCACCGUGCUACCCAUAAGUGACAGCCAUUGGGUUGCCGUAAAGCUUGGACCUCAACCAAGCCUGUGACUUUCAAUAAACCUAAUAGUUUCUUUGCUAAUGAUCAGUUUGCCAUGUCCAGAAUUCUGAGAUCUGAAAUGAGUUAUCAUGUUUAUAUAAGUGUUUUAUGCCAAUAGAAAAUGCUGAAUGGAAAUCUUUAUUUUGUUUCAUCAUCUUUGGUCCAGGCUUAGCAUUCUAAAAACUGGUUGAGGCAAAAUGGUAUAAUUAGCCAUCUAGGAAUAUCCCACUUGUGGUUUCUUAUGCCUAAUACAAGUUUAAUUAUUAAGAACUAAAAUAAGCCAAAACAGCCUAUAGAGUUAGGUUAAACAAACUUAACAAAAACAAACCACUCUUUAGCUACCUUGGAAAAGUUUGGGAAAAUUAUCUAAUGAAGCUGUUAUAUGAAAAGUAUUAAUGUAAUAGCGUCCAAAGG